GCCGGGCCGGGCUGCAGCCCCUGGCGGCGGCCGGUGCCGCGUCUGGUGGCGGCGCCGGCAGGUAGCGGCGCGGCGCGGCGUCAUCGCCGUGCGGCGGCCAGUGACGCGGCGGCCGCCGACCGGCUCUCUCCUCCCUCUCCCGGACUGCCUGCCGAAUCGGUCAGCCGCCGCCGCCGACUGCUGACCGGGCCGCGGCCAGGCGCACCGCACAGCUGCAGCCAUGCUAACUAUCACAGAGACGACGAGCAAAGUGAAAGCGGUCAUCUUUACAGCUGCUGCACUCGCCAGUCUGGCCACAUUGAUCAUUCUGGGCGUCAAAUUCCACGGAGUGGUGAAGCCGCCCCCGGAGAGACUCACAGAUGGCGGCACGGCUGCCCACUCGCCGUCCAAACUGGGACGGUACCGGUCGGCGGCUGUCUGCGCCGACGCCGGCCUCUGCGCCUCCAUUGGCAGGACGAUGCUGGAGCGGGGCGGCAACGCGGUGGACGCCGCCAUCACUGCUCUCAUCUGUGACGGUGUGGUCAACCCACACAGCAUGGGCAUCGGCGGGGGCUUCGUGCUGACACUCUACAACCACACCACGGGCAUGGCGGAGACGCUGGUGGCCCGCGAGCGCGCCCCGGCCGCCGCCUACGCCGACAUGUAUGAGGAACCGGCCGAGGCGCAGACCGGCGGUCGUUCGAUCGCGGUGCCGGGGGAGGUGCCCGGCUACUGGGCGGUGCACCAGCGCUAUGGCCGGCUGCCUUGGCGCACGCUCUUUCAGCCGGCCAUCAGCCUGUGUCGGUACGGCAUUCCCGUGUCGCACUCCGUACACAAGGCGCUCACCAAUAAGCGUAUCCAACGCCUGCUGCGCAACGAGAGCUUCCAUCUCGGCGACAUCUUUUUAAACGGCAACGAGUCGCUGAGCAUCGGCGACGUGGUGCGUCACCCGACUCUGGCGGCCACCCUGGAGAAGAUAGCCGAGGGAGGCCUGCAGGCCUACCAGGACAUCGGCCAGAAGCUGGCAGAGGACAUACAGCAGAUGGGCGGCAUCGUCACCCACGACGACAUCAAAAACUAUGUACCGACGUGGACGGCGCCGGUGCGGGUGCCCCUGCCGAGGAGCGGCGUCACCCUCUUCUCGGUGCCGCCGCCGGCCAGCGGUGCCGUCCUCGGCGUCAUCCUGGGCAUCCUCGACGGCUACCCCAUCACCAACGCCAGCAUGUCCAGCGACUCGGCGCAGGCCCAGGUGCUGCACAACAUCACCGAGGCCUUCAAGUUCGCCUACGCCAUGCGCAGUCGGCUGGGCGACGCCGAGUUCACUGAUGUGGAGGAGCUGGUGCGAAACAUGACCUCGGCGCCGUCGCUGGAGGAGAUGCGGGCACGGAUCCGACCCGACGGCGUGCUGGGCGGUCCGGAGGAGUACGGUGCCGAGUUCAGCUUCGUCAACGACAGCGGCACGGCGCACAUCUCGGUGGUGGAUGCCGACGGCAGCGCCGUCUCCGUCACCAGCACCAUCAACCUCUACUUCGGCAGUGGUUUCCGGUCGCCGCAGACUGGCAUCAUCCUCAACAACGAAAUGGACGACUUCAGCUCAAACUUCACCAACUCGUUCGGCCUUCCUCCCUCGGAAGCCAACUUCAUAGAGCCCGGCAAGCGGCCGCAGUCGUCGAUGGCCCCUGCUAUCCUGGUCGAUGAGAAGGGGAAGGUGCGGAUGGUGAUUGGCGCGUCCGGCGGCAGUAAAAUCACCUCCAACAUCGCUUAUGUGGCGGCGAGGAACCUCUGGAUGGGAGAGGAUAUCAAACAGGCCGUCGACGCCAGAAGAAUACAUCAUCAGCUGUUACCCGACCAGCUCAGGAUCGAGAAGGGAGCACCGCAGGUGCUGCUGGACAAGCUGACCGAGCGUGGCCACACGGUGGAGGAGUCGUCCCAGCCACUGGCCAUUGUGUGCGGCGUGGUGAGCACUCCCGACGGUCGUCUGGAGGCCAACGCCGAUCACAGGAAGGGCGGAGACGUGGCCGGCUUCUGAUCGCAGCUGCAGCCGGGCCGCCGCCGGUAAUAGUCAGAGGAGCGCGGGUGUGCUGUGUGCUGAGCGUGUUUGAGAUUAGUUCUGAAACGUGUAGUGCGUUUGUUGAGGGUUUUAGCGCAUUGGGACCAAUGCUCGACGAAAACAGAUUUCCGUCCGUUUUCUUUUUUCUUUUUUUCUUUUUGAAAACGAAUGGCUCAAGCUGAAGAAAGAUGCUUUAGGUCAUAUUUUGAUAAUUAUUUCAUCAACUCUGAUGAAUAACAGCAGUAGGAACACAUGACAGACGAAGAUAUGCUGGGAAUCGUUUUAAGGUGUGAGGCAGCUCGUAACGUGUGUGCGUUAGUGUGCAUCUGGUGCUUUGCAUGCUGUGUGUAAAAGACGACCGUCUAUUGCGAGCAAAAUGUUGUUAGUUGAUGGUUAUGCCUCGUGUAAGCUGGUCAGGAUUCAAUGCUGAUGACAACACCAGUUUUAUGACGUGAUAGGUAGUUACAAAGGAGUAUGAGAUAGUGUGUAGUCAACCUAGUGGUAGGCAUAACUAUACAACUUAGGAACAUACGAGUACAUGCAGUCGGACCAAAUACCAUUUCGUGCUAAAUGUCCUACAGAAAUUAUGGCAUAUGCUCGUCAUGAAGCAAAACUGCACAACUAUUUCAUGUGGACAAAAGGGCCGUAUAAGGCACGCAUUUAUGAUGUGCCAUUAGCAGUAGCGGCGGAACACCUUCAAUUAGGGGGGGGGGGGGCACUGCCGACUUUUGGUCCCAUUCUUUCCAUGCAACGCCCAUAGAGCUAAUGUUAAAAUGCCAAAAUCAAAGGGGGGCACGGUGUCCCGGUGCCCUCCCCGUUCCGCCGCCUAUGUGGCGUAUGGUUAAGUUUUGUCAAAUGACGUUUUAACCACACUUAAUGACGUUCUCCUAUGACACGUAGGUUUAAUGUACACUGUUUUGUUUUGGUUAAUUGUUCAACACUGUAAAUCGCACAAAACAUCGGCGGUAUGAAAUGCCUACGGAUUUGUUCCUUAUUUACAUGACCAUUAUUUACAUUUUGAAGUUAAUUAAUACAAUAUUAAAAAUACAUG